UUCAACUUUACGAACGGUCCAAUCAGAGCGGGCGCUCUCCUGGAAGUCGAUAAACCCAGCCUCUCGUGACCGACAGCGGGCCUUGACGAACGGGAGCGCGGGAGAGGCAGCGGCGGACCAAUCACAGGCCGGCCGGGGCGGGACUUGUGUCCAUCAGGGCAUCGGAGGAGGAGGUGUUCCUGGCAGCCAUCUUGGAUGUGCGGAGUGAUUGUUUAAGCGAGAAGAAUUGACAUUAUAUUUUAUAGAAAAAAUAGGCUUUGUACUGAACCGUCGAAGAUUUGCCGGAGUCGGGCGACCGCGGGAAGAAAUCGCAGCUCGGAAACAUCCAGGGAAAGAAGGCAUGAAGACGGCAUCCUAGUCAUCAGCCAUGGCCGAUAAAAGGAAACUCCAAGGUGAAAUAGAUCGAUGUCUGAAAAAAGUAGCGGAAGGAGUUGAACAGUUUGAAGACAUUUGGCAAAAGCUUCACAAUGCAGCCAACGCGAACCAGAAGGAGAAAUAUGAAGCAGACCUCAAGAAAGAGAUUAAAAAGCUGCAGCGUCUCCGAGACCAGAUCAAGACGUGGGUAGCCUCCAACGAGAUCAAAGACAAACGGCAGCUAGUGGAGAACCGCAAACUCAUAGAAACGCAAAUGGAGCGGUUCAAGAUCGUGGAGCGGGAGACGAAGACGAAGGCGUACUCCAAAGAAGGUCUGGGUCUGGCCCUGAAGGUGGACCCGGCCCAGAAGGAGAAGGAGGAGGUCGGCAUGUGGCUGACGAAUACGAUCGACACGUUGAACAUGCAGGUGGACCAGUUUGAGAGCGAGGUGGAGUCCCUGUCGGUCCAGACGAGGAAGAAGAAAGGAGACAAAGAGAGAAGUUACCGGAGUCCUGCUGAGGCGGCGUUUAUGAACCAGGACCGGAUCGAGGAGCUGAAGAAGUUCAUUGAGAAGCACCGGCACCACAUCCGGAUGCUGGAGACCAUCCUGAGGAUGCUGGACAACGACUCGGUGCAGGUGGACUCCAUCAGGAAGAUCAAGGACGACGUGGAGUAUUAUCUGGACUCGUCGCAGGAUCCAGACUUUGAGGAGAACGAGUUUCUGUACGACGACCUGGACCUGGACGACAUCCCUCUGGCUCUGGUCGCCACCUCUCCGCCGGGGAACUCGCAGUUGGAGGACGAGAUCUUCCAGAACUCGAGCAGCACGCCGAACUCCACCACGUCAUCCUCGCCCAUCCCGCCGUCGCCCGCCACCUGCACGACGGAGAACUCGGAAGACGACAAGAAGAGGGGACGGUCAACGGACAGCGAAGUCGGUCAGUCACCGGUGAAGAACGGGAACCCGUCUUCCUCGCUGUCCUCCUCUUCCUCCUCCUCCUCUUCCUCCUCCUCCUCUUCCUCGUCGUCCUCGUGCUCUGUGUCCGGCCUGACGCCGUCCUCGCUCGUCUCGAUGGUGGCCAUCGCCGGAGGAGGGGUGCUCGGCGGCGGCUGCGGGGGCGCCGGUCACCUCGGCGGCGGCCUGGGGGGUCUCCUCUCUAACACGUCGGCCGGCAGCUACAGCAACGCCACGCAGCAGCCGCCGCACCCGUCGGCGCAACAACAACAACAACAGGUCAAAAACUUAGUGGGCACCUCCUCCUCGGCGCCCAUCUCCAUCCCCAUGUCCUCCGGCAACAGCCACCUGGCGUCCUCGUCCUCCUCGCCGCCCAACGCCAUCACACAGGGGCUCUUCACCGCCAUGUCGCAGCCUCAGGCGAUGUCGGGCUCCACGCCGGCCUCCAACAGCCUCAGCCUGGGGCUGUCGCUGGGGAAGGGCGGCAUGUCGGCCGGCGGCCCGAUGUCGGGCGGCCUGGGCCUGUCGGGGAUGCCGGCGUCCCUGAGCAACAUGGCGAGCCUCCUGUCCGGCUCCACCCCGGCGCCCUACGCUCAGGCGGCGUCCUCCUCGGGGGCGAUCGGCUCCGGCCUGCCGGGCUCGCUGGGCGGCGUCGGCAUCAACCCCACGACCGCCAACAGCUCGGCCGGCUCCAUCGGCAGCGGGAGCGUCGCGGUCGGUGGGCCGACGGCGUCCUCCGUCGGCGGGCCGACGGCGUCCUCCGCCGGCGGACUGCUGGGCCCGGCGCCGGGGCUGCCCGGCAUCGGGUCGGGGAUCCUGGGUCUGAGCUCCGGCCAGUCGGGGAUGCAGGGCUCCUCCCUCAUGUCGCUGAGCCCCGUCGGCGGCCUGGCGCCGGGCGGCGGCGUCGGGGUCAUCGGGGUCAUCGGGAGCGGCGGCGGCUCGGGGACGGGAGGGAGCGGCGGGAUGGGCGGCGGCAUUUCGCUCUCCGGCCGGCCGGCGAGCCAGCAGAAGCAGAACGGUAGCACCAGUUACAGCGCUGUGUUAGGAGACAGCGCCACAGACUCCGCCCUCACCAGUGCCAGCCAAUCACAGAGCAGCCAGCCCCUGACCUCCUCAGCCAAUCAGCCUUCUCCCUCUCUCUCGUCCCGUCUCCUCAGUAAGGAAACUGGCUCCAGCCUCCUGGGCUCCAUCUGCCUGUCGGCCAGCUCGCCGUCGGCCGCCUUCUACAGCGAGGCCAAGGCGGCGAGCGGCGGCCUGCUGAACGGGCCGCUGUCGUACUCGCAGUCCUCCGACGGGGUCAAGCCAAUGGAGCCUCUCAGCAGCCUGAAGUCCAUGGCCGAGCGAGCGGCACUCGGCUCGGGGAUGGAGGGAGACGUGCCCUCCUUGCACCUCACCCCAGUCUCCGUCUCCCGGCUCUCUUCGGACAUCUUUCCCAGCAGCGCCGUGACGCCCUCGGGCCCCCCGGCGGCGGCGGCGCCGCAGCUCUCCUUGUCGGAGGUCAGCAUCCCCCCGUCACUGGGGGUCUGCCCCCUGGGCCCGGUGCCCCUGUCCAAGGACCAGCUGUACCAGCAGGCCAUGGAGGAGGCGGCCUGGACCCACAUGCCCCACCCCUCCGACUCCGAGAGAAUCAGGCAGUACCUGAUGAGGAACCCCUGCCCCACGCUGCCUUUCCACAACCAGGUGCCGCCGCCUCACUCCGACACCGUGGAGUUCUACCAGAGGCUCUCCACGGAGACCCUGUUCUUCAUCUUCUACUACCUGGAGGGCACUAAGGCCCAGUAUCUGGCAGCCAAAGCCCUGAAGAAGCAGUCGUGGAGGUUCCACACCAAGUACAUGAUGUGGUUCCAGAGGCACGAGGAGCCCAAGACCAUCACGGACGAGUUUGAGCAGGGAACCUACAUUUACUUUGACUACGAGAAGUGGGGCCAGCGGAAGAAGGAGGGCUUCACCUUCGAGUACCGGUACCUGGAAGACCGGGACCUCCAGUGACGGACAGGUGGGCCGGCCAAGGGGGCGGGGCCAGAGAGAAGGGGGCGGGACUAACAAAUGAAGACGGCUGCUGACAUUCCUGGCUACGACCUCGGCUCGUUGUGGGGGUCUCGCCCCGCCUCGGCACCCUCACCCCGAGUACUCUCCUCCCACCCUGUCAUCCCUCCUCCUCCUCCUCCUCCUCCUCCUCCUCUCCAUCAUCAGGCCUUUUCUUUCUUUUUUCUCUCCAUCUUUUUCCUGAACUGAAACUUUUCUUUUUAUCUAGACUCACGUUUAACACUUAUUGUAUCGGCCCCAAAAGAACCAAAGAUAGUUGGUUAACACACACACGCGCACAUAUACACACAUACACACACACACACACUAAAUCUGGAUUCUAGUUCUACAUUAGUCUUCACUGCUCACCUCUUGCAACAUCUGGAUUGUUUUUUAUGCUUUAUAUAUACAUUUCAUUUCCUCUCGGCUGUGGGAUGAAACGUGGUGCUAACAUGAACUUUAUUAUUAUUAUUUACAUUUACUGACUUUUAAAAGUCUGUAUCACUCUCGCUUCUCGCUCGCCCCCUCUUCUCUCUCUCUCUUACGUUAAAGAUUAUUGGAAAUAAAAACACAUUUUAAACGACCCGAACUUCCCCGACGUUCACAUCCAACCGCCGUUUAUUUAAUGUCUCAACGCCCCCCCCCCCCCACACACAUGUCCCCCGUCCCCAAAAUUUGAUCUAAACAUGUCGGUUACAUAAAAUGUCGGUUUCUCGCCUCCUGGGUUAUGUGCCGGAUUAUUUCUUGAAUAAUUGUCCCACAUAAAUCCAAUAAUAAUAAUCUUUCAUUUUUCUAUAUAUUUAUUCAUUUAUUUAUAUAUUUAUAUUUAUAUAUAUACAUAUUUAGAUAUAUAUAGAUAUAUAUUAUAAGUAUAAAUGUGUGUGUGUAUAUAUAUAUAAAUAUAUUUAUACAUAUAUAUUUAUAUAUAAAUAAAUAUAUUUAUAUUUAUAUAAAAAAAUUAAAUAUAUUACAAGAGCCACAAAAUGCGGACGAAUAAAACUCGGUGUUUAUCUUUACGGGCCUGACGGUUUCACACAUAAUAAACGGUGUUGGAUGGACAGUGUUAGCCUCCCUCCCUCCCUCCCUCCCUCCCUCCCUCCCUCCUCUUCUCUCUCUGAAGAGCACAAACACCAGCACUGCUGCCCACAUCUCUGUCCUCCAGCUCUCUGCUUCAUGUCCACCACACACACACACACACACACACACACACACGCUGCCCAGCUCUCACCGCCAGUCAUUCCACCUCCUGACCUCUGAAACACAGCAGCAGUUAUUUUCCUUAAUUUGUCAUUUUUUUUAAUCACCCAAAAUGUUUUAUUUCCUCUUUCUUUUUCGUGUUUCCUCUCUCCUCCUCCUCUUCCUCUUCCUCUCCCUCCUCUUCACGCCAGGUAGAUGUUUCCUUUAUUUCUCAGGAAGUAUUUGAUAGAUCAUUUAAUGAGGAAAUGAAUCCGCCAGCAGCUCCGUCGCCUCAGCAGCACAACGACGACUAGAUAAUCUCUCCCCGACAGUCGCACCAAAAUUAUACGAAACAACAAAAGAAAGCGUUUCAAUCCUUUAAAGAAAAGAAAAAAACUCCCAGUGGCUCUUUUUUCCAUUUUCACCAAAAAGCUCUUUUUGUUGUUGUUGUUUUUUGUUUUUUUAGAAAUGCAAAUAUUAUCCUCCAAUGUUUGGAGCAGCACCUGGAAGAGAGAGACCAUCUUUGUCUUUUCUGUAGUUUGUUGGGUUCAUUGUAGUCGUAUUAUUUUGUCAGAUAUGGGGGUUUAGGACCCAGGGGAGAACCAGGACCCCUGUUCUUUUGUUAAAGAGCAGCAACUUCUCAAGAGGAGUGUGGGGUGUUUUUAUAGCCAGAAGGACGGACAGCUCGACACUUAUUCACUUGACUGACAGUCCUGCUUUUAAACUUUGUUUUUGUUUACUUUUGUUUUUGUUGACAAGCGGGAAAAGAGAGACGAGAGAUCGACCCGAGAGCCGAAAUGUGACUCUCUCUCUCUCUGCCGCUUGACACACGUGUUGUAUAGACUCAUUAUUCAAAAACCUCUCCUUUUUUGUUUUUGUUUUGAUGUUGUUGUUGUUGUCGUCAGACAGCAUGGAAUAAUGACACUUGCAAAGUGGCGCUGAAAAAGUAAAUAAUGACAUAACCAUGAAUAAAGGAUUGUAAAAUAUUAAUAAAAGAAGUACUUUUCAGAAAACUG